ACAUUCCUGCGGCACUGCUGAGGAAUAAACAGCACCAGGGACUACAGCAGAGUCAGCCGCAAUACCGCAGGCUUCAACCACCAUCAGCAGCUGCAUCGCCAUCUCCAGCUCCAUCACUCAAAAAAAAACUACAUCUGCUGCCACAAAUAGUCUUCAAACAGGUCACUCUACAGGUUUCAUCACCUACAGCUCCAGUGAGGGUGGGGGUCCCUGUACAGAGGAGGUGUAGGCGGUCAGCCAGGGGGGGUUUCUCCCACUCUUGUUUCCUCUCCCUGCACCCAGCUCAGCAUGCCCCAGCCCCUGAGCACCUCCACAGCUCUCCCAGCUCCACUACCAUGUGUAGAUGGACAGUGACACAAGGUGCACCGGUCGCCUGGUUCUCCUCCCACCCCUGCCGCAGAUCUCCUUUACACCUCCUCCCUCCCAUCACCUUCCUCCUCCUGCUUCUCCUGCUCGGACCUUCCUCGGCCUCACCGCUCUCCACUCUGUCACCAGACCCUAAAAGGAACCAAAAUGCACCAGGAGGUAGUGCUUCCGACGUCUUCACCUCACCCUUUCCACUUUACUCAUCGCCGCAACCUCUGCACGCAUCCUCCGCAAGGUUGCCAAGGGCGACAAAUGUUUCGUCGUCCUCAGCUUCAGUUGUCGGGCGCCACGUGCGGAGCAGUUACAACCAUCUUCAGGGAGAUGUGCGCAGGAGGAAACUGUUCUCCUACCAGAAAUUCUUCCUACGCAUCGACAAGAAGGGGAAAGUUAAUGGCACCAAAAGUGAGGACGAUCCGUACAGUAUUCUGGAGAUCAAGUCAGUGGAUGUGGGAGUGGUGGCCAUCAGGGGCCUCAGCAGUAACUACUACCUGGCGAUCAGCAAGAAGGGCGAAUUGUACGGAGCGAGGGACUUCGGUGUGGACUGCCGUCUGAUUGAACGCAUCGAGGAGAACAAGUACAACACCUACGCUUCAGCAGAGUGGCGCAACAAGAGGAAGCACAUGUUCGUGGGACUGAACGCCAACGGCAAACCAAUGAGAGGGAGGAAGACAAGGAGGAAAAACACAGCCACUCACUUCCUGCCCAUUGUGGUACAACCACGAUGAUUGGACUUAUAAGCCAUAAGAGAGCUUUGUACACUGCAGGCUACCAGACUUUGUUGAGGUACAGCAAUAUUGGACUGAUCUAAAUCAGAUCUGAAUGAUGCACUGAGGAGGAAAAGAACUGAAACCUAUGAACAUUUUAUCUCUGUUGGAUAGAGGCAUUUCUAUUUUUAAAGAAAGAAAUAAGAUAUAUUGCUAUACAUUGUAUAUAUUAUUUUCAGUUUUAAGUUAUCAAGUACAUUGGCACGGUAGAAAAUAUGAAAAGAAUUGAAUCUGUGCCAAAAUGUGAUUAGUAAGUACAUUUCCAGAUUUGUAUACAUGUGAAGCUCUGGAUUAAGAUAUGACAUUGUGUGUAAAUGAGGAGGGACAAGAAAAGAGGAGGAAGUAUCGAUAGGAAGGAAGACGAGGAGAUCGGAAAGAGAGCAUGAAAAGGAAAAGUCAUUUAGCUCCAAGACAGCAGUCUAACACUAUCAUCAUGUUUUUCCCUUUGAUUUAUUUAUUUUGUGUAAUAUUUAACAGAAUAGAACAAAAACACUUUUUGACCAUUUAUGCUUCUGUUUUUGAAUACUAAUCAUUUACCGGAAUAAAUAUAAA